AUGGCAGGGGACGAGGAACCAAAGCCUCAAGGCUUACAGUCGACAAAUGGAAACUUUAACGCUGCAGACCCAACAUCUUCAUCAAUAUUGAAUAAUUUUGUUCCAGGUCAUUUGUCUUCAGAAGCAUUUGACACUAUUUCUCAGCUUCGGAAAGAGUUGACCGAAAAAGAACCUGGGUCGUUUUCUCGGACUGCUGAAGAUAUCAAGAAUACACAGGCUCUUAUACAAGUGGCUCUCAGGGUUGCCUCUGAAGUCACUGCGAUAGACGGCCAACUUCCUGGCGAUGAGACAGAGAGGCGUCUUUUGGAUUGUCUUGAUAUUGUCCAAUUGCUCGUUGAGAAUGCCCUCAGAGGCCUCGAUGGAGGAGCUAUCGACACAGAAAUUCCCGGUCAAGAUGUGCCGUUGCCAUUUCAUCUGUGGCUGCUUAUUGAGCUGAUUGAUCUCGGCGUCAAGGUGCGGCUAGACCGAGUGGAUGCCAAAAUCAAGGGCCUUCUGGUCAUGAUCACUCGUUCCCAACAUGAUAUGUUUCGGGCUCCGCUCUUUCCUAGAAAUUCUGUUUCAACUAUCCUAAGUGCUAUGGCUAUCGACAUCAUAAGGUCCUUGGAAAUGGUCGAUGUUUUAAAAAUAGGAAUAUCGGACUUCACAUUACCUGGCCCUGGAAGCCCACUAGAGAAACAUCUCACGGCCAAACUAAACUUAUCGGGACGACCUUUUCAAGCUCCGAUUCGUCUUGGAGAUGUGAAUCGUGCCAUCUUUAUGCUUCUUCAGAUCCUUGAGGCACUUCUUCAACCCGCAGAACCGAGGCCAGGCAGCUUUUCGGCGGCGGGAAUCGUGCAGGACUUCACGACAUCCCUCAACUUAGCUAGUCGCAUCGGAAAAUGGCUUGUUUCGCUAAUCAGGCGCUCUGGCACGAACUUCAGGCGCUUUAUUAACGAUCCUAUUAUUGGAUACCUCUACUUCACUGACCUUCUGUUAACAAGAUCACUAGAGUAUAGUAACGUCGGAUCACUUGACGCUCAAUCAAGCAAGAUCUUUAUCGAAUUCCUGGUGGUAGUGAUGGCGGAUUCUGGUCUCAGUCGUGAGUCCCGGGUAGAGCAGGCUUUGCACCGCUGUCUAGAAGGCUUGAAGGAGAGCCAAAAGGUUUCACUUAUCACGGGUAUGACAGUGCAAAGCGUACUCAUUCCUAGACUCCUUGAUAUUCAGGCUAGAUACGAGCAAUUUAUCACUUAUUCGUCAUCAUUCCAGAAUUUGGUAAAGGAGUUGAUUGAUGAUCAGAGAACUUUAUAUCCACAUGGGAAUGAGUUGGCUCACCGUGCCCCCAAGCGUAUACGACUAUCCGAGCCUCAAACCGUACCUGGCGAGAAAGAUAUAGCCCAGCAAGUCUUAGAGCAAGCCUCCAAAAUCAUUGGCUCCAAUGAGAUAAGAAGCUUUGAGGAGCUGGCACAAGCUGCGAGGCAAAAGCACAAAGAUCUUUCGGAGCAGCAAAAGUGCGAGUUCUUGACCUCAAUUGCAACCUACCCGUGUAUUGCAGCAGCACAUCAAUCCAAAGAGUCUGUUCCAUCGUCUAUACCGACGCUAAGUGCCUUUCACUGCCGUGUUUGUGACUCAGAACGUACCGUUUCUGAUGCAGUUGUACCUUGGAAUGGCAACGAAGCCAAUGAUUUUCGAGACUUUCUCCUUGAUCUUUUACCCAGAGUUUCACGUAGCCCACCCUUACGGAUAUCAUACUUGCUUGCGGUGAGACGAUUCCUCUACCAUGAACAUGAGAUCAAGAGCUUGUCGAUCAAAUCAUCAUCGAUUGGUGAAUUGUGCCUUCAUUCUUUGAAAGCCGCAUCAAGGGAGUUGCGGAUCACGACUGGACAUAUUUUACCUUGCUUCCUACGCAAAGCUGUGGAUGUUCAGAUACGACGGCAGAACUUCGUCAUCAUCUUCGAGUGCCUGAAAAGCGUCUCAGAGAGAGCAGAUAUUCCUUCGCAGGAGACUUGCAUUUUGACUUUGUGUCGACUAGCGGAGGUAUCUGAGGAUGAAGAGUUGAACAUCAUACUUCUUCGUCUUCUAGAGUAUCUAGGACAUGCAAAUCCGUACAUUUGUGCGGUAGCUUAUACAGAGCUUUUGAAACUAUCUCAAGAAUCAUCAACAACAGUCGCAGGUCUACUUCGCCCUUUCUGGAGAUCAUUGUCGGUAACUGUGGUAAAGAACCUGAGGAACCGUCCUCACAUGGCAGAGCAGCUCUGCGAUCUACUAGGAAUGUCGGUCGAUAGCUUUUUACAACUUACCGAAGCCCACACGCUACCAUAUCUUGUCUACACUCGUAGACGAGAAAUCAUCACGAGGAUUGCAGCAGCUUAUCCCUCCAAGUCAGCUUUCGAGCUUUGCAUGGAGCGCAACAACUUCGCCUCCAUCAUAGCAUAUUUGUUGAGUCAACCGGAGGAAAAUCACGAGGCUAUGAUAUACUCACUUCUGGUCGACAUUGAUCCGAAGUUCAAGGAGACUUCAGUCACCAUGCUACUCAAAACGGAGCCCAUUCCUAUUACUCGUGAGCUAUUGAAGAAUAUGGGCGAUGCUGGUGAUGGUCAUGAUGGAAAGUUUGACGGUGCACUUCGCCUCCUUGCUAAGCUCAUAUCCUCAAAGCACUCCUCAGGAACUUCAAAUUCGAAGUCUCAUCCAGAAGUUGGGCUCUUUAUAGAAGAACACCUAUUGGGUCUAAUAACAGAAUUCUCUGACACCGUGAACGAUGUCCGCAUACGUUACUCGAAUAUGGAGAAGAAGCGCAAUAUCAUAGCAAUCGGUGAAAUGAUCAAGCUUGCCAGAGGUCAUGUCAACGUUGCAAUUCCCCAGAUAUGCUCUUGCCUCAGAUCAUCUCUCAAGGUCGAAGAGUUAUGUGAUCAUGCAUUUGCUGUAUGGUGUAUUUUGAUCACUCAUCUCGAGCCUGACGAGGUUGAAGCACUUAUCGAUCAGUCAAUUGCAAUUAUCCUACGAUAUUGGCCAGUCAUUCAAGAAGGAAGCAAGCAAAUGGCCCUAGUCCUGAUGGAUCAUUUAUUUCAACACCAUGGAUAUCAGCUACGGGAGAUCUUCCAGACUCUACCAUCACUACUGUCUAUCCCUGAAAUGUCCCGCUUCGAACCUCAGAUAAAUAACUUCAAGGGCUCUAUGGAUAUAAGUGAGCGUUUGGUAGCCUUCAGUGUCCGCUGUCAAAGUGAAAGUCUCACCGUCGUUGAGCAAGCCCUGCAAGAGUUGGUUCCUUUUCUAGAUGACAAAAAUGAGAUACUGCACAGGACCUUGCUGAAUCAUCAAUCAAAUAGCGGUGUUGCACAGCUAACACGCUCUCUGCUCGAUUGUUGCGUGAAAUUCCAAUCUGAAUCGGACACGAUUGCCAUGUCAAGCGCACGUGCACUUGGGUUGAUAGGAUGCUUAGACCCUAAUAGGGUCGAAAUAACAAAGGAGAAGAAAGACAUUGUGGUUCUUUCGAACUUUGCUCGCGCAGAAGAGACGUUCGACUUUACAAUGUUCUUCCUUCAAAAUGUCCUCGUCGAUGCAUUCCUAUCAGCCUCGAAUACGCGAGCGCAGAGCUUUCUGGCUUACGGAAUGCAGGCUCUUAUGAGCGCGAGCCAUAUAACGACAGAAAUCACUACACCAUCAGACGAUCUUGAGAAGAAUGAAAAACAUCGGCGAUGGCUGAACCUGCCUGAGAUCGUGAGGAACACAGUGACCCCUUUCCUCACAUCAAGAUACUCUAUUACUCUAGGUGCAGCUAAAACCGAAUGUAGUUAUCCACUGUUUUCACCAGACAUGAGCUAUGGGAAAUGGCUUCGUACCUUCGUGAUGGACCUACUCCAGAAAUCUUAUAGCUCCAAUGUUAAGAUGAUCUUUUCGGUCUUUGCUAGAAUCAUUCGAGACCAAGAUAUCACGAUUCCUGCUUUUAUCUUGCCUUUUGCUGUGUUGAAUAUUGCAGCAGAUGGCCACGAGGAGCAUAAGCGAGAGAUUCGUGAAGAGUUGGUGCGUGUGUUGUCCCACCCUUCGCCUGAAGGCAGUACUCGCGUGAGAGAAAACGUUCUUCUGUGCAGUGAGAGUGUGUUCAGUGUUCUUGAUUACUUGCUUAGAUGGCUGCAAGGGAAGAAGAAACAACAUGCUAUACUAGCAAGCAAUCUUUCUGGAAAAAGCACCCAAGCAGAGCUGAUGCUUGAUCUCUCCUCGGCUCAGAUCAAGAGUGUAGAGCAGAUAUUGUCGUCCAUCCCCCCAGAGGUGAUAUCAAAAAGAGCCGUCGAAUGCAAAUCUUUCUCUAGAGCACUUUUCCACUGGGAACAAUACAUCCGGCAAAGCAAGAGCUACAAUGAGAAGCGAGACGACACCGAUCUUGAACCUCUUUACCAGCGUCUGCAGGAGAUUUAUACCCAGAUUGAUGAGCCUGAUGGCAUCGAAGGUAUUUCGACAUAUUUACAUGUACUCGAUGUUGACCAGCAAGUCCUCGAACAUCGUAAAGCUGGCCGGUGGGCUGCUGCUCAAAGCUGGUAUGAAUUGCAAUUGGAUGAGGAUCCGAACAAUACCGACACGCAGCUGAAUCUACUUACUUGUUUAAAGGAGUCUGGUCAACAAGAUGCACUUCUGAGUAGGUUUGAAACAUUCAGCGAGUCUGAAGAGUACCCCUCAAAGUUGUUCCCAUUCGCUUUGGAAGCUUCCAUCUCAACUGGAAAAUGGUCCAAGCUUGAAAAAUACCUCAAAGUGUGUCCCAAGGAGAAUGCCACAGACUUCACCGUUGGCAUAGCUUCAGCUCUCAACGCUCUUCGUAAUGGCGACAAAUCUGCGUUCACUGAAAUUGUUGAAAAGCUACGGUUAAACACUACAAGGUCAAUGACAGCAAACUCGACCAUGUCUUUGCAAACGUGUCACGAUAUGCUACUCCAGUUACAUGCUUUGUCUGAUGUUGAAGCUAUUGUGAAUGCAGACAUUCAGACAGGAAUGACUAAAACCGAGCUUAUCGAUACUUUGGAUCACCGCCUUGAUCUCCUCGGUGUGUACAUAUCUGAAAAGCAAUACCUUUUGGGAUUAAGGAGGGCUGCCAUGGAACUUUCAACCGGAUUCUCAGAGCCAGAUAUAGCUGCCGUCUGGCUCAAAAGUGCCCGACUCUUUCGAAAGAAUGGUCACCUCGGCCCGGCCUAUAAUGCUGUGAUGCACGCGGCACAGUUGAAAGCAAGGUCAGCCACAAUCGAACAUUCCCGUCUGUUGUGGACUGACGGUCACCAUCGGAAGGCAAUACAAACGCUCAAGGGAGCUAUAGCCGCCAAUGCUUUUGUUGCUGAAGAAUCCGAGUUGUCAGUAAGAACGUCUGUCUCAAUGACUGGAGAGAAACAAGCUACACAAAAUAUUCUCGCUGCUAAGGCUCAAUUACUACUUGCAAAAUGGACGGAUCGAGCUGGGCAGACUCACUCAGAGACCAUUGUCCAGAGUUAUCGAGAGGCGAUCCAACUAUCUAGCAAAUGGGAAAAGGCACAUUUCUAUCUGGGGAAGCACUACAAUAAGAUCAUCGAAUCCGAAAGAGCAAAGCCACCUGGCAAACAAUCUCAGAUCUACCUGAGUGGAGAGGCGUCCAAGCUAGCCAUUGACAACUUCCUUAGGUCCUUGUUCAGCGGAAACAAGUUUGUCUUCCAAAGUUUGCCAAAGAUUUUGACUCUAUGGUUGGACCAUGCAUCAAAUGUCGACCAAGCCUUCGAUCCUAAGAGAGGAGACAACAUCGAAUUUCAGAAACAGAUCAAUGCGCAGCGAGCGAAGUGUCUGGAGGACAUGCAUUAUCAGCUGAAGAAGUAUCUCAAUCGGAUACCGCCAGAAGUGCUCUUCACGAUUCUCUCUCAGCUUGUUGCUAGAAUUUGUCAUACGAAUGACACGGUGCAUGAGAUCUUGACCAAUGUAGUGGUCAAGAUUGUUGUGAAUUUUCCACGCCAGGGUCUAUGGACUGUUUUGGCUCUGGUUAAAUCUUCAUCGAAGGACCGCGCUUCGAGAGGCAUGACAUGUCUCAAGAAGAUAACAGAAGUGAACAAAAAAAUCAACAGAAGCGGAUUCACGCCAUCAGAACUUGGCUCAAUGAUAAAAGGAGGGCAGAAGUUCGGCGAAGAACUAUUAAGUCUAUGCAACGCGCGAGUCGAGGAGAAAGGGACAACCAAAAUCAGCCUCUCGCGCGGCUUGGGAUUCAAUCACAAAGUUGCUCCGUGCCGAUUAGUCGUGCCGUUCCAAAUUAUGCUGACUCCAAUUCUUCCGCCAUCCCAUGAACAGUCAUUCAUCAAGCAAUUCCAUCCCUUUCCAGGUGAUGUUGUUAGUGUAGAGAAGGUCCUAGACGACGCACUGGUUCUCAAUUCAUUGCAGAAACCACGCAAAAUCAGCAUCCUGGGUACCGAUGGAAAGGUUUACAGUCUUCUAUGCAAGCCAAAAGAUGACCUCAGGAAGGACCAACGUUUGAUGGAAUUCAAUAAUAUGAUCAACAGCUUCCUCAAGAAGGAUGUUGAUUCCAUCAAACGACGCAUGUAUAUCAAAACAUACGCUGUGACACCCCUUAACGAGGAGUGUGGACUUAUAGAGUGGGUAGAUAAUCUACGCACUUUGCGGGACAUUGUUAUGAAACUACUUCGAGAAAGAGGCAUAAUUCCGAAUUUCAAUGAGAUUCGCCACUAUCUGAACGAAGCUUGCUCACAUAGUGACAAACUUCCUGUCUUUACGACGAUGAUUCUGUCCAAACUUCCUCCAGUUCUGCAUGAGUGGUUUGUUGAAAUGUUCCCUGACCCCGGAGCAUGGUUAGAAGCACGACUUCGAUUCACUCGGACCAGCGCCGUUAUGUCGAUGGUUGGUCACGUUCUUGGGUUGGGUGACCGUCACGGUGAAAACAUACUAUUCGAAGAAAGUACAGGAGGCAUAUUGCACGUUGAUUUCAACUGCCUCUUCGAUAAGGGCUUGACCUUUGAGAAACCUGAAGUCGUCCCGUUCCGUCUUACACAUAACAUGGCAGACGCUUUUGGCGCAUACGGCUACAAUGGGCCAUUCCGAAGGACAUGCGAGAUAACGCUUGGACUGCUACGACAAAAUGAAGACGCGCUCAUGAAUAUUAUGGAAACUUUCUUAUACGACCCCACGACAGACUUCAUUGGGAAAAAGAGACGAACCCACAAAGAUGUACCAGAUACACCAGAGGGAGUGAUGGAGAGCAUCAGAAACAAGCUGAGAGGUCUAUUGCCUCGUCAGUCGGUGCCACUUUCGGUGGAUGGACAUGUGGAUGAAUUAAUAUUGAAAGCCACGGAUAAAAAGAACCUGGCUGCCAUGUACAUUGGCUGGUGUCCAUUUUUUUGA